AUGAGCCAAAUGAUGCAACAAACUAUGAACCAAAUGAUGCUGCACCAGAAACAAAUUAUAGAGGCUCUUGGGAAUAAGAGAGAAGAGGGACAGCUACCUAGUCAGCCCAUAGAAAAUCCAGGGAACCGCCCAACAAUAGGAUUUCAGCAAGGGGAGUCUAGUAGCAUGAAUCUAGGAAAAAACCCACGAAAUGAAAAUGUUAGGACAGUGAAUGCAUUAAGGAGUGGUAAGAUCUUACCUGAUCCUUAUCCCCAAACAUUAGAAGAAAAAGAAAACGUGGACAACCCAAAACAAAAUCAAAUAGGAGUAGAAGAGGAUUUUAUAGAUUCUACCAAGGAAAUUUCGAAAGAGAGGACAACCAUUCCAUUUCCUAAAGCUCUAGAGCCUAGACAAAGAAAGAAAAAAGAACACAAUGAAGAAAUAAAGAAAAUUUUACAAGAUGUGCAAAUUAGUCUUCCUUUACUUACUGCCAUUGAACAUAUUCCUAAAUAUGCUAGAGUUUUGAAAGAAAUGUGUACACCAAAAAGGGCACCUAGAGUAGAAAAAUUAUCUAUGCAUGCUAGUGCAUUAUUAUUAAAUCAAUUACCAUAUAAAUUGAGAGAUACAGGUGCCCCUUUAAUUUCGUGUGAUAUUGGUGGAUUCAUUUUUCAGAAUGCAUUACUUGACACCAGUGCUAACAUUAAUUUAUUACCUGCAAGUAUUUGUGAUAAAUUUAAUAUUUCUGAUCUUAAACCUUCUACUGUUACCUUACAAUUUGCUGAUAGAUCCAUAAAACAUCCUAAAGGUAUUUUAGAAAAUAUGAUAGUGACAAUUAAAGGGUGUAAAUUUCCAGCUGAUUUUGUAGUACUGGAAAUGGAUUUUAAUGGACAGUUUUAUGAUACACCAAUCAUCUUAGGGAGACCAUUUUUGCAUACAGCAAAGAUGAAUAUUGAUUUUCCCACAGGUAUUGCGAAAAUUUCAUGUGGAGAUCAAUCAGUAGAAAUUAAAAUUUUUGAGAUAUCAAAUGAUCUUAAGAAAUCCCAAGUAUAUGAUUGUCAUACCAUAGAUCUUCUAGAUGAUUUUGAUGAUCCAGAUGUUAUUGAUGACUGUGUGCUGAAAGAAUUAGAGGAAAUAGAGAAUAUAAAUUUAGAAGAAAAGAAAGAGGAAGAUCAUCUGAAUUUAGAGUUGAAACCUCUUCCCUCUAGUUUAAAAUAUAUGUUUUUGGAGGAAAAUAAUUCAUUUCCUGUUAUUAUUGCAGCUGAUUUGAGUGAUGAACAGGAAGAAGAAUAA